GGGGCCGGGGUGCCGGGGACACGCAGCAACUGACAAUGACGGCGAGCUACGGGAGGAGGCACGAAGGCCCCAUCGUGUACUUCAGGUACAGUACCUGGCUUUGGACCUGACAGGAGGUACUCUCGGCACGAGAUCUACGUGUCCUCACGAUGUUUACGUCUCUUGUUCCCUUGCAAUGGCAACACCGGAUAUCCAUCGAGACAAGUGCGGAACAGAGCCACCUCCCACAGUGUCCAUGGUCCAUAACGGAUCCCAUAACUUCGUCAAUCAAUCAGGAGAACCAGCGAGAGACCCCAGGUCUCAGGCCGGAGGGAGGCUUGGGGCGGCAAGCAACGAGCGAGACAGAGGCGGCGACAGGAUGGGCUGGAUGGCGCUACCGUGGGACGAUGCCACGAUGGGGCGUGGUUUGGACGGGGCCAGAGGCAGGACGGACGGCGGACAACGGACGGGCAUGAAUAACAGCAGCCGGGGUGUGGGUGGCCUUGUUGUUGAAUGGCUGAGCGGCCUCAGGCAUCGCCAUAACCAAGAUAAACACGGCGUCUCAGGCGUCUCAGACUUUGGUCCCUCGCAGGGUGUCUCAGCGGGCGGUGGAUGAUGGGUGGUGAGCCCGGCGAGGAAGAGGAACUGGGCUGCGUGACGUGACGUGACGUGACAGUCUUGCCCAAACAGGAUGAACAAGACAACCAUCAGCACUGUGCAGAUGGGUAGAAACAGAGCCACGAAGUGAGUGCGAACGAUGGGCCUCGUGCACUGUCAGUGGGUCUGCCAAUGUUUCUGGACGAGACCUCGCAGCGGAUCCCCAGGUACGUGGCCUUUGGGCAGAAGUCAGGCGUAGGUUCGAG